GAGAUUAAGAAGGCAAAAUUCAUGACAAGAGGAGAAUUACAUAAUUUUCAUUUUAAUAGUGAACAAAUCAAAAAUGGUUGAUGUAUGUUGGUUGAGACUGCAGGCAAGAAAUCAGAAGAAGAAGGGGACAUGGAUGCACAGCUAUGAACGAACUGGGAAAGAUGAUCAAGCAUCAAAUGGUAUUGCUGGGGACCCAAGAUCAAUUCAUUUCAAAUGUAGUCUUGGAAUAGAGUUUUAUGGAUACCAUGGGCUGCCAGAAGGACAAACAAAGGGGUACAGGAUCAACCCAAACCUGAAUUGUGUGUAGAAGCAAUAAUAACAAUUCGAGCUAUCAUAAUUUUGGUGCAUCAUGAAAAGCAAGACCCAAUGGAAAAGACGGAUGCUGGAUGAAACGGAAGGCAGCAGAAAAAGAGGAAAACUAAACAAGAAAUGGAAUGAGUGCAAGACGGAAGCCACAGCCUUGAGUAUGCAAGACUUGUUGAGGACAGGAACUUUUGGAGAUCAUUGAUUCAUGGGGUCGCCCUAAGUCGGAAGAGACCAGGGAGCGCAGAACAACAAGAGACGCCGAUAGAACCUCGCAGAGGUUCUAUGGCUGCUAUAGCUUCCGCCCACUCGCACUCGCACAGCCUGGCAGGAAUGUGGCUGACCCACCAUGGCUACCCUCAAGCCUGGCUUACCAGGUCUUGGACAGAGAGGACCGGCCUCUAUGCAGAUUCUGAACAGAGUGCUUGAAGGAGGGGGCCGCACCGUCCACCAGCAGUUGGGAGAUCUGUCCUUGUCCACUGUUUAUGCUCUCCUGGCGACUCUGAUGCAGUGUCUGAGCAUGGGGUGCCUCUGCGUAGCCAUUUCUUUGCUCAAAUGGAUCAUAGCGGUGCAACCCUUCUAUCAUCGCCCAAACGUCUUGGUGACCUCCAGCUUUGGCAUACCCUACGACGUGUCCAUCUAUGAACCAUGGAAUCCCAACGCCACAGACUUGCGGAAAUAUUAUUUCUUUAGCGAAGAAGAGGUAAUUGAGCCAGUGAUGAUCACAGUUUGCCUCUUGAGCCUGUCGUCUGGCUUUCUAGCUUUUCUCCUGGGAUUCGUGGAAGUGAAGAAGCUAGGGCAGUACCAGUCGGCCGUUGUCACUUUCCUACACAUUCUGUCAGGCAUAUUUCUCACAAGCCUGGUCGUCCUGUGUUCGUGGUGCCUUAUGAAGAUUCGACAGCGUGUCAAUGAGGAAGGAUGGAAGCUAUUCCGGUUAAAAGUUAUGCCAGGAGAGAGUUUUUAUAUUGCCUUAACGUCCUUCCUUUUUAUUAUCCUCGCUGUUCUGUUUAAUUUGUGGUCAAUGACUGUCAGUGCCUAAAAACAAUAUCAACUCAGAGCGGCCUUCCUAAGAAAAUACAGAUUUAAGUGCAGGGCAUAAAUGUCCUGAAAAUGGGAUGAUUCGGAUGUAAUGCUUUCUAAACCAUGUUUUAUUAAGUGGGAGAUGACCCAUAAGCCCAUGUGUUUUGCUCUUCUCCUGUAGAAAAAUGGUUAUUCAAAUCAGAGUUUCUCAUAUUUGAAAUGAAGAACACAGGUUCUGUUGCUUUACUAACUAGGAUAUUAAGCCAGUGUUUUAAACCUGAUGCAAGCCAACGUGCUCUGUUUCAGAAAUAGGACCUCUUUUUUAAAGUCUGUGCGCCAGGGAAGAGAAUAAACCAGGCACUUGUUCACAGUUUUAUAACCACGGCUAAUAAAGCCAAGAUUGUUAUGUUUGACUCCGCUCAAUAUUGUGGAUAGUAUGGUCACAGUACUUUUCAACAGAAG